AUGACCAAUGAGACCACCUGCCAAGUUUCCGACGAUCAUCAUUACGAAAAUUACUUGGAAUUAAGGACAACGAAUACUGAUGGAUUCAAAUUGGGAAAUAUUAGCUCUUUGAAUGGCAUUCCGUUUUUUACAACAAGAAUUAGGGAAGUUACUUCGAGCAGUGGAUUCGUGUUUGGUUUGCGCCAAUUCCAUUUCGUCGAUGCUGGGAGAAAUUAUGGUGUCUUUACCUGCAGCUUUCACUCACAAAAAGGAACAUUUGGGAACGGUGAGGUCACCUUUACAUGGCCAAAACAAGGUUUCACUGGAUUUCCGCGUCGUAUGACAAUUGACACGGACGGUAAACUCUGGGUGCCUCUUUAUGAAGGUGGCGGAGUUAUUCAAGUUGAUCCACGCAUUAACAAAAUAUUACGAUUUAUUCCCAUACCUGCACGCAAAGUCAGCGCAUGCACUUUUGGAGGUCCUGAUUUUGAUAUUUUAUAUGUAUCAACAAUGUGGUAUGGUCACGUAAAUGAACAUGGACAACGUCAAAAGUAUGAUGCAGGUGGUUCAGUUUUCGCUGUCAAGGGCCUUGGCGUGCAAGGGCGGCCGCCAGGAAAAUACAAGUUGAGAGUAGAGAAUGUCAUUUUUAAAAGAUAUAUACCUUUCAGUAUAAUGUCCGACAUUGAACCGUCCCAUGGGGGGAAGUGAUUGGACAGUGCGCACACACCGGGCACAUUCGCGAUCUCCCACUAAUCCCCUCUAUGCGGUGGUUCUCCGCAACUAGGCUUAUGCCGGAUUACCUGUGUGUUCAGUCCAACCAUA